CAGAUAUGUCCACAUUCUUUGACCAACAGAAGAGAUCCUUCAGCGAAGUUCCUAUCACCGAUAGCAAGAUCUCCACAUCGGAGUUCUUGGAGGCGUCUGAGGCUCUGAUCAAGUUAUUUGACCUACUCGGUUCAUCUGCGUUCACUGUCGUCCAAAACGAUCUUCAAGGUAACGUUGAUAAGAUCCGUGAGCGUUUACUCGCUACACCGGAUAAAUCAGCUACUCUUCAAGAUAUGGUGUUAAACGAGAAGGCUGAGAACAAGACAAAGGCCACACAAGGUCUAUUGUGGUUAUCUCGUGGGUUGCAAUUCACUGCGCAGGCAAUGAGAGAAACUGUGGACAGUCCAGACAAAGAGCUCACAAAGACAUUCACGGAUGCCUACGGCAAGACCUUGUCUAAGUAUCAUUCGUUCCUCGUUAAGCCAAUCUUCAAGCUCGCCAUGAAGGCAUGCCCUUACAGAAAGGACUUCUUUGAAAGAUUGGGUGAGGAUCAAGACAAGGUGCUUGCACAAUUGAAAGAAUGGCUCGAUGCCCUUGAGAAGAUCGUCAAAAUCAUCUUUGACUUCUAUGAGAGUGGUAAUUAUGGUAAGGGUUUAUAAACAACUUUCAAGAGAGAAAUGGUAACCAAAGGUUUAUACAAAGUUUUUAUCGUCAGAUCACAAAAUAUAUUAAAGUAGGAAUAGAAA